UUUGUAUACUAAUAUUAAUUAUAUUAUUAUUCAUUCACAUUAUCAUUCAUAUCUCACACAAAAUCUUCAACACUUCAUUCAUCAUCAUAACAUUCAUUCAUUCAUCAUGGCAAUGGCAACUCAAGCUUCUCUCUUCACACCACCACUCUCAACUCCAAAACCAUGGAAACAACCAUCAACUUUAUCUUUCAUAUCACUCAAACCCAUCAAAUUCACAACCAUUUCACCAAAAAUAACAAAAAUCUCAGCUGCAGCAGAUGGAAAAGCUGAACCAGAAGAAGCAGCAGUAGCAACAAAAGAAGAAAAAACUGCACCAGUUGGAUUCACCCCACCUGAGUUAGAUCCAAAUACACCUUCUCCAAUUUUUGGAGGAAGUACUGGUGGAUUAUUGCGUAAGGCCCAAGUUGAAGAAUUCUAUGUAAUCACAUGGGAAUCACCUAAAGAACAAAUCUUUGAAAUGCCAACUGGUGGUGCUGCUAUAAUGAGGGAAGGUCCUAAUCUUCUUAAAUUGGCUAGGAAAGAACAGUGUUUGGCUUUAGGAACUAGAUUAAGAUCAAAGUACAAGAUUAAGUAUCAGUUUUACAGGGUUUUCCCUAAUGGGGAGGUUCAAUAUUUGCAUCCUAAGGAUGGUGUUUAUCCAGAGAAGGUUAACCCCGGUCGUCAAGGGGUCGGUCAGAAUUUCAGGUCUAUUGGGAAGAAUGUUAGCCCAAUUGAGGUUAAGUUCACUGGUAAGCAACCUUAUGAUGUGUAAGGGAUGGUGCUUCAUUAAUUUCGUAUGUAAUGCAUGUACUUAUCAUCACAUUUAUUUAUGUGAGAAAUGCUAAACAAUUUACCUGUGUAUUUAAUUUUAUGAUGUUGACUACUUUUGUGAA